AUGGACACGUCGAGAAAACUAAUUGCAUACCGCACUACUAAACAGAAACCAACCGGCGAAAGCCCUUUUUCCUUGGCUUAUGGAACUGAAGCCGUCAUCCCCACAGAAAUUGGACUACCCACAGUCAGGACUUUGGUGGUAGAAAGCAACGAUAAUGAGCAACAACUAGCUCACAACCUUGACAUGCUUGAAGAAUAG